AUGGCUAACAAGAACGGGGAGUGUCGCGACUGUUGUGCUAGACUGUACGACAACAAAGUACAAAAGUGUAUCACUGCCACGACCGACUACAAUGUCCCAUAAAGUACUCAUUAAUAUCUUUGGACUUAGUCCGUGCAAGAACUUUGGUAGCGUAGGGGAAUGAUCGAACAUUUGUUUGUUAUGACAGCUAGAUAGGUUAGUUACGUGUUUGAUAUAUUUUUGUUUUUAUUGUCAUCGUCACUCACAAUGUCACAAGAUCUUAGCAGCAGGAAACGUGGUCGAAAUAACUGUGAAGAGGAAUGCUGUGAUUUUAUGCCAUUAUCUAAAAGAAUUAACAACUUGCACAUCAAUGGGACUAUUUACAGCACUUGCGAACAACAUUCUGAACAUGCCAUUUUUAAGCAGGAUGGAACAGUGGAAGAGUGGAAUGGUUUGCAAAGUAUGAAAGAUGAACGGUUGCAGUCAACACAUUCACUGGGUCCCACAUGUGCCACAGACAAGAAUAGUGGCACUAAUUUUCACAGUGUUGAUGGCAACUUCAUAGAAAACAAUUGUGCCACAAGCCAGGAAUACCCAUGGAUGUCAGAACACGUACUCAGCCAGUAUGCACCAUCUCUCACCGCUACUGAUAAUCCAUACUAUUAUGAAAACAAUAAACUAUUGUUUGCUCUGUACAUGGAACGGUUACAGAGAGGUGGAAUCCCACUUUAUUAAUGCUAGUGUUCACAAACUUGAUGUUGCUGCAGCAGGAACAAAUUUUGUAGUUCUUAAAUAGUUUUCACGUGAAUAUGUAAGUAACAAUUUUUUCAGCUUCUGUCUCUUACUGGACAAUACAUUUAAGCACCCACUGCCAAAUUUGACCUUAUGCAUUUUUAUUAAAUUAUAACAUAGAGCAAAGUUUUAACUGUGAAUCUCGCAAAAACACAGAAAUAUUUAGAAGACCCUUAGAAAAUAUUGGUGUAUUCAUUAUCCCUCUAACUUGUUUAAUACUACCAAAUGGUAUGAAGAAAUGAGAUGUUGUGUCAUUCACAAUGUAUAAUAUGUGUAUUAAUGUGUGUUUGUGCACUAGUUUUUGAAAAGUCUAUUGUUAAUGUCGUGUCUUUAUCCAAACCAAUGUUAGCCCAUCAUGUAAAAUACGGAGAGCACAAUGUCAUUUUCAAAUAAAGUCUAGUCAUAUUUUUUGUGUGAAACACAUGCAGCACCCAGCUGGCUCAUUUUUUAUCAAUGUCUAUAUAUCCAUGUGUUCUUAAUUGUAUUAUCCCAAUGCAAAGAACCAUACUAAAUGAAACAUGAGGAAUUAGUUGGUAAAAAUUGCUUCACUUGUCUCAUUGGUGUCCAGGGCCUGAUAGUGAAUGAAUUGAAUUACACACAAGCACAGAGGAGCACUGAUGGGCACUGUAUUGUAUAAAAUUGAAGAAGUGGGUAGUUAAUUGGAAAAAGUAAUGGAAAUACUUCACUCCUGUCUUAGAAGCCAGAAAAAUGUGGCUACAUAUAUGUCUGGAGUGUGAUUAAACAGAUAAUGGGUGAUCACAUAGCAUGUAAACAUUAGGGAAUAUACUUAUAUAUGAGCAAGUUUCCUGGUUAUCCGUAAGCCGUAAUCUGUUUGUGGAAAAUUUCUUCAUUUAAUUCCAUAUAUUGCAGCUAAAAUAAUUUUAAAGAUUAUUUUUUUAAACAAAGUUGAAAGUAUUUUCAGUUACCCACCUUUGUUUAAAGCACAGUGAAUUUAUUUUUUGGCAUAUGGAACUGUAAUUUGUUGACAUUUCUCAAACAAAACAUACAUUUAUCCACUGCAUGAUUACAGUUUUCUUAUAUACAGUACCUGUUUCCUUUAUGAAUGCAUUUGUUGCAUGAAUGUUGGAGUGGGCUUGUGCUGCAGUCUUGCUUCUAUCCAUGACAGUUUAUGCAACAGCAGUUCACAUGGCUCUCAAUUGGGUGGUUUAUCUUGAUGGUCUGCAGAAAGAAGUAGCCAUGUUCUCUGCAUCAUCUAACUGCAGUCAUACGGAUUUGUAGCCAUAAAAAUUUUGUUAUUGAUAGGGAGAGAGAAAAGGCAUUAUGGGCUGCAAUCUUUGAAUGCUGAACUUGUACAUGCUUUAUCAAUAGCUGUUUUUGAGGCAGUUAUUAAAGUAUAUCUAAAAUCCUCUCUCAGUUCACACUUUACACUUGUAAUCUAUUACUGAAGUUCACAACAAACAUUACUUUCUAUGUAAGGUGCCUAAUGUGAGAGACAUCAUAACAGUGAGGAGCCCAGUGAACAGUGACCCACCUAGAGUGCCCUUGAAGUUAUCUUUCACAGCACAGUGGAUAUUUUCCGUCACUACCAGGUAAUCAUGGCAGUUUGUGAACAGUAAGGAUGUAGCAAAAACAUUAGAGCUAUGACUUUCCAAAUUUAAAAUUCUGUGGUUGCACAUAAUGAACUUCUGCCUAAAACUCUCAAAAAUGUCAUCCAUUUUGUUAAAUUGUGAAAAAAAACCUCCCACUCUAAACAAAACAUAGCAUUACAUGGGAUUAUCUAAAACAAAUUUAAACAACUUUCAUUUGUAAGUGGAGUAUGGUAUACAAUAAAUUACCAGAAAGUUUUAAAUUUAUUAAUUACUGUUUAUGAACUUGUUGUUAAGAUAUUUGUCACUUCUGCUGUGCUGUGAAGCUUUUCCAUUAGCUUUACAGCUCACUCGGUCACCAUGUUUGAGUAAACAUCAGGCACGGAUCAUUAAUUUUUCCAGUGAAUGGAAAAAGGUUUUAGAGCCUUAGAGCACUUCAGUUUAGAUCCAGCAGCAUGAAGUUCACUGUAUGUGUCCUCUAAAUAGUGCUGAUUUGAAAACCAUACCAUUUCCCAUGCAGUUACAGUGAAGUCACAAGUGACAUUGAGCUGAUCUCUCCUUUUCAGAAGGAAAAAAACUAAGCAGCUAGUGUAAAUAUUGCCCUUCAGUUCCACCAGGCACUAUGAGGCGGAGGUAGCUUGUGUCAUUUGAUCAGAGGCCUAUUUUUCUCUACAUGAUAGGUAAACACUUCACAGUGCUGAAAAAGAAAUCUGAUGUCAUAUCUCCAUUCUGGGCUUUCAUGUGUUGGUGCCUUUUCUGAGCCAGAAUAGCAGUUUUGUAAGUCUUCAUAUCCUGCCAAAACGUCUUCGUUGAAUAGGUACUUGACGGUGGUGACCUUGAUUUCGUUGGCAACAAGGACUAUGAUGUCAGUAGUGUAUCCCACUAGGCCUCCUGUUUCAGUUUGUUUUCUGUAAAGUUCUCUGUCUUCACUGCAAAGCCAGUUUCUACUCAAGUGCCACAGAACCAGAUCAAGACUAUGAUGUCGACAAUCUGUAAACUGAGGCUCUUCUAAAUGUUUUAGUCUGAACUGACUGUGGAUUCUAGUAACUACAUCAGUUUUUUGCCCCUUUUGACUGCUGUGGUGUCUGAAAUAAUCAUUUUGACAAUCCUCCAUGCAUUGUAAUCAUUCAAGAGAGCCUGCAACUUGAUAAAGAAAUCAUCAGCUGAUCUGAAAUGCAGAGUUCUUACAGAAUUUCUCAGAUAGGCCAUCUGGUAUUCCCUGUUGUUACUUCUCUUCCCAUCAAAAUGCAAGGAGAAUUCCUCUUCACCCGUAAGUUCUUUGAGGCAGUUCUUGACUUUUUCUGCAUUCUGGAUCAUUUGACACCUAAGCCUCGAUUGUAAAGGUGUAAGUUCAUCUGCUUCAUUUUCAGCCAGGUUUUGAAGAAACUUUGAUGCUUUUCUUGUUGACAGGGUUGCUUCUGACACAAACUUGGCUGCAGAUUUUGUAGGUUGAUACUUUCAUUUCAUAGUAGGAGAGUUUUCAUAAUGUCACUAUCAGUUCUGCUGCCACUACCCUUAUAUGCUUCACUACUAUUAUUACUGAACUCCUAUAGUUCUCAUGUUGAUUGAUCUGAGGGGUUUCUUUAGCAUGGAUUGUCGUAGCCACUUUGUCAGUAGUGUAUCCCACUAGGCCUCCUGUUUCAAUUUGUUUUCUGUAAAGUUCUCUGUCUUCACUGCAAAGCCAGUUUCCCAUCAAUUUUUGUAAUAUCAAAAAUAUGAGCAAGAUUUUUUCAAACACUUCAUUCUUCCGCUUUCUAUAUUUUUUGAACACUUUUGUGAAUUUGUGAACCUUUGCAUAAAUUUACUUUUUUGAAAUAAAAGGGAAGCUCAGCUUUUCCCUGAGUUCCAGUAAUUCUUGUGAUUUGAUGUCUUCUUUAUAUGGUCAGCUCACUCCUUGAGGUUGCCUUACAAGCCAGAAAUCUACCAACAGUAUCUCUUUCAAAGGCGCUUUGCACAGAAUCUCAUUCAUGUCCUAUACCGCUUCUGGUAUGUUGGGAUGGGCACUUUGUAGCUGUUGUCAAAUUUCUCAUCCAUAUCUUUCCAAGUGACUUUACUGCUGAUUUUAAUUGGCAUAUGUAAACCAGAAAAUAAAAUAAAUGCUGUCAGAAAUGAUAACUGAGGAAGCACUGCUCCAAACAAAUGUGUUGUGCUAUUUUUGUGUACCACAUAAAUGAAAUUAUAUUGGGUGCGGGAGGUUUUUACAUGGCCAGAUAAAAAUAUACCAAAAAAGUAACAAAGAGGCAAAAGUUCAUCAAGUGCAACAACAGGAAGUUAAUAUCUUGAAAAGAGUUAAAAAGCCAUAACCUUAAUAGCCAUAUCCAUAACUCUAAGAAUAAUAAUAAUUCUAGCAAUUAUAUUUUUUAAUUGUGAGUGCUGGCAUUUCAUAUGAAAUGUUGAAGUAGUCAGUAAUAAGUUACAAAAUAGUUGUUAUUUUUUGUAUGUAAUAUGUCUGUGUAAAUUUUCGUCUUAUCAGAGAAAUUAAA